GACUGAGUAUCUGGACAAACACCGACCGACGAAGAGAAUACAAUGAAUUGUAGAUUCGGACAACAUAAGCAGUUAGCAAAAACCAGGCAAUGAGAUUGAUGAGACGGGUUUUCUGAAACAUUGUAACGCUCUUUUCAGAGCGUUCUUAACACAAUAAGUGCGCAAAAUUGACAUUUUCUUGCAUAACGAGGUCAGAAUGUCGGUGACAAGUGCCAUGGAUGUAAUAGACUAUGAGGUCUGGAACUUCAACUAUGACCCUCAUUUAUUUCGCCACCCGCUUUGGAUGACCAGCAAUCACUUAAAAUAUCGACUGUACAGAGAUAAUCUCGGUGUUAUGCACUGUCUGAAGGAUGGAGAAGGAAGAUACAUCAAAUCACCACGGUCUCUCUCCGAUGUCUGCAUCUAUGACAUUGUUUGUAACCUCGACAUUUUGCGGCAGAUGCAGGACCCGUAUUUACCCUUGGAUCUCUACCCUCGACUCCUCUCAGAGGCCAUCUAUCAACGUGAACUUCAUGCGAUUGAAUAUCUCAUCGCCACUUGGCCUCAGUCAGUACUUAAACUGUAUGACGUCGUGCCGUUAGAAGAUCAAAUUGAGCACGAUUAUUUGACCACACCAAUUGACGGCAACGAAGGCACUAACCUACUGGACUGCAUCAUGCUUGGCCUGUUGAAUAGACAGCCCCAAGCAAUGAUGCAAGUGAUUGAUUUCACUGGUUUUGAAAAGGAUCGUAAACUUUGCAGAGAGUUGUCAAGACUUCCAGUAUUGUGGAUGGAGCCUGAAGAUAGAACUGUUAACAUGCUAUACGACUAUAUGUAUCCUACCUAUGAAAUCGCGAAGGACAAAAUUCAGAGGUAUCUGAACCGAAUAUCCGUAAUAUAUCACCAGUUUGAUAACGAGUUUAAACAUGGCACUAAAAUGGGUAUGUACUACACAGAAU